AUGGCUUUCACUGCCAAAAAUAAAGUCAGUUUUCUUGAUGGUUCCAUUCCUAAACCAUCUUCUAUCGAUCCUUCCAUUUCUGCUUGGACGCAAUGCAAUACGAUGGUCCUCUCGUGGAUCCUCAACUCGAUCUCUGCUGAGAUAGCCAAUAGCGUGAUCUUCAUUGAUUCAGCUGCUGCUAUGUGCUCCGAUCUUCAAGAACGAUUCUCUCAGAGCAAUGGUCCCAGAGUUUUUCAGCUGCAGAAGAAAAUCUUUGUUCUUGCUCAAGGUAACAAUUCAGUCAGUGCCUAUUAUACUCAAUUGAAGAGGCUUUGGGACGAAUUACUGAGUUUUCGUUCGGUUUCCAAUUGUUCUUGCGGUGGAUCGAAGGUUCUUGUUGAGCACCAUCACCAAGAGUAUGUAUUUCAUUUUCUCAUGGGCUUAAACGAGUCUUUUGCUAACAUCAGAAGUCAGAUUCUUCUGAUAGAUCCUCUUCCACCUAUCAAUAAGGUGUUUUCCUUGGUGAUUCAAGAAGAGAGGCAGCGAGAACUUUGUGCUUCUUCUUCCUUUGUUCAUGACACAACAGCUCUCCUCACUAAGACUGAUCCUUCUUCUUCCAAUUCAUAUCCAAAACAGUCACAUUUUCGCAUACCACGUCCUCUUUGUUCUCACUGUGGUCUUUUAGGUCACACUAUUGAAAAAUUUUACCAGCUUCACGGCUAUCCUCCGGGUUAUAAACCUAAGCCUCGACCUGCUUCCGCUCAUCAGGUUCAGAAUCUUGGUCAAUUGCUUGCUCUCCUCAAGCCACAUGACAUUCCUGCCAGUUCGCCAACUCUAGCAAGUUCCUCUGCACCUCCACAAAGAUCAUAUCUUCUCUAA